GGACACGAACCCAACAUAAAUAAAUAGUGUCUUGAAUUACCCCCGACAAACGUCCGCCGCCGCCAGACGCAAGAUGUUCUGCCGUCUGGGAAAUGAAGUUCGGUUCAGUGAUCUCGAAUUUGACAAUUAAAAUCAAAACAAACCCAUCUCAAAAUUGACAUCGCUAAACCGAACUUCAUUUUGGUUGAAAAAACUUAAAAAUUGAGUUCCCCCAGUAAGCGUGUACGAAUCUAUUCAAAUAUUAUUGUUGACGUGCAGAAAGAAAAUAAAAGUGUAAAACCAUCAACAUAAAUAUAUUAAAACUUGAUUUUUUGUCAAAAUUAUUAAUAUGUCUCAAAGAAACCUUACUGAGUUAUUUUUCAUGCUUCGGAACAACGUAUUGUAUAGUAAAAACAUUUACUCAGACACCGCAAACUUACAAACUGUUGGCUUGCUAGAUCGACAAUCGGGGGAAAGCAGUAAUUUCAUUGAACAGCCAACUUGGAUCUGCAAGUACGACGAGGCUCAGUAUCUUUUGUCCAAGAUUAAGUCUCGCGUUAAUGAUCUUCUACGUGUGCAAAAUUCUACAGCGCGUUCUGUACUUAGUGAAAGUCGUGAAGAUGAGUUGAAGGUAGGAAUCAGUUAUCAAGUUGUGCAACAUGGAGUUAACAUUUGAACAGCUUGUGUUAAACGUCAUAUUUGAUUUAUUU